AUGCCCGGGGUGUCAACGGCGGAGAGCACCCCGGACUCUAUUGUACGCCGUUUAUUUGUCACCGACCGUCUCUCACGAUGUAACUUCCUCGUCGAUACCGGAGCGGACGUUUCUGUUUUCCCUGUUACACAUAACAACAGUCGCAGUAAGUCAAAACUUACGCUCUGCGCAGCCAAUGGCACGCCCAUUGCAACAUUUGGUCAAAAGCUUCUGCAAUUAGAUUUUGGACUGCGGCGCAGUUUCCAAUGGCCGUUCUACCUCGCAGAGGUGAGCAAACCCAUUUUGGGCACAGAUUUUUUAUCACAUUUUAACCUUUUGGUAAAUCUUCGCCGAAGAACGCUAAUUGAUGGCAACACAAGUUUAAAGAUUUCCGGUCAGUUAAACAGCUUCUCCGUUUUACAAGUAUCUUAUCUCAAAUUUGAUACCGUUUACAGUGAUUUGCUCAACGAGUUUCCAGAGCUCACUCGAAGCUCGAUUGCGCCUAAAAGCGCACAUCACGAAGUAUCUCACGCAAUAAUCACUCAAGGACAGCUGCUAGGGCCCGUCGUCUCGCACCCGAGAAGCUGA